CUCUCGGGGCCAGUUCCGUUCGUUUAUUGUCAACCUAACCGUACGUCGGAUCAGUUGAGAUUCUGUCGGGCUCUCGAAGAAAAUAUUUAAAGUAAAAUAAGCACAUACAGUCACCGGAGACUGUGCGAAGCCCAAGAAGAAAAGAAAACAUCGUCAGUUGUAGUCUUAGAUUUUUCCUCUUGUACUUAAGUAACAGAGCAAGGUUUAUAAUUUUUCUUCGCACUUUCGGACUUCGGUAAAUAUAAUUUUUCAUCGCGGUUCGCGGACUCCACGAUCGGUACAAAAAAAACAUCAGUAUAGAAAAGUGCAAGUUCCAGAGGUAGAAAUUUUCGUGAUCAGCACGUAAUUUGGUGAUCGGUGCACGAUCUCUGAGACUCAGUUAGUGCUCGUUUGAAGGAAUUUCCGAAACAGAUUGAGCUUUGCGCAGCAAGUAAAUCUAUAUUCCCACAGAACGCGACCGUCGUAGUCGUCAAGGGAGGUAGUGCGCGCGGGGCUUAAGCCACGAGCGAAGAAGUGUUCGAAAAGCAAACGCAGAGUCGUCACGAGUGUUUUGUGAGCCGAAUGCUCUAGCACGGGUACGACCAAGUGUGUUGGUGAGGUGCUUCCAAUCGCGAGUGUGGUGACGAGUUUCUCAUUAAAAUUUUUGUUUUCCGAUUUUGGGCUGAUAUUUUGUAGUAAAGAAGAAAACGGGUUAACUAAGGAAGAAAGUAUAAAUUGAGCGAUUGUGGCGAAAAAAUAUAGGAAAGCGAAACAAGUUGAUUCACAAGAAUUUCCUUACAUACACUAGCACGAAGAAGCUGAAAGUAGUGUUCUGAUUGGUGCCGCACAGGAGUAAUUUCGACAUACACAUAAAGGGAUGAAAACACAGCACUAGAUUAUACAUCAAAGAGUGUAGAAAAAGUGCCUAGUUUUUUGAACGAUUGUACCAAGAGAGAUAAUUAUCACUGGGCGAGAAGUGCUUCGGAAUCAAACCUAACCAAAAGAUCACACAAAAUGAGUACGUAUUGCAACAGCAUUAGCUCGGACAAUUCUCAGACGACGCAGAGCAUUGCGGACUAUCUGGCACAGUUACUUAAAGAUAGGAAGCAGUUGGCCGCCUUCCCAAAUGUGUUCAAUCAUGUGGAGCGUCUGCUGGACGAAGAGAUAUCAAAAGUGCGGGCUUCGUUGUUCCAAAUCAACGGAGUAACCAAGGAACCUCUGACGCUACCAGAACCCGAAGGAGAAGCGUUGACCUUGAACGAAAAGGUCUAUGUACCCGUUAAAGACCAUCCCGAUUUCAAUUUUGUGGGACGAAUUCUCGGACCCCGAGGAAUGACAGCAAAACAGCUGGAGCAAGAGACUGGCUGCAAGAUAAUGGUCCGGGGGAAAGGCUCGAUGCGCGAUAAGAAAAAAGAGGAAGCAAAUCGGGGUAAACCAAACUGGGAGCAUCUGUCUGAUGAUUUACACGUUUUGAUUACCGUUGAAGAUACCGAGAACCGAGCUACAAUGAAAAUCAAGCGUGCUCUGGAAGAGGUCAAGAAACUGUUGGUCCCACAUGCUGAAGGCGAAGAUGAACUGAAGAAACGACAGCUCAUGGAAUUGGCCAUAAUCAACGGUACCUAUCGGGAUUCGAGUGCAAAAACUGUCCCAGCCGAAAUAAGCUUCGAAACAGCGUACGACGGAUGGAAGCAGCUGGCUGCUGAACAACGUCUAAUGAAUCCUGCGUUCGCCAGUUUAACGACAAAUCACCUGGCUGCCGCUGCUGCAAGAAAUGCCGCUAACCCGCUCGGUGCCCCUUUGAUCUUGUCACCACGAAUCUCGGUGCCUACCACAGGUGCCAGUUUAAUGACCGGCACGGCACCACCAACCAUCGAUCACACCACCGGACUGAUAUACACAGCAGCACCGUACGGAGACUACACGAGCUAUGCUGCGCUUGCUGCCGGAAAUCCGCUGCUGACGGAAUACGCCGAUCACAGUGUAGGUGCAAUGAAAACUCAAAGAAGGCAAUUCGCGCCUAGAGAUCAUCCUUACUAAAACCGGGCAAUGGGGCAAUAAUCAGCAAUCCAACAAACACGCAUAAAACACACAUUAUUUAUAUAUAUACUUCUACUGUAUAACUCUAUUUUUAAUAACUUUUUUUGUUUUUAAUCAUUGUUAAUUCUGAAAUAGAUAUAAAAAUGCACUCACAUCUAUUAAUUUAGAAGAUCUUACAUCUGAUAUAACUCGAUAGAAGCGUUUAGAACUCUAUUAAAACCAAUUUGUCAAUAACGUUCUAAAAUCUAAGCAUACAAUCAAUCAUAGAGACAGGAAAUAAAACCAAUCCUUCUCUUUAAUCAAUCAAUGUUGAUCAUCCUUCCAAUCUUUACACCUUUUCUCACAGCAACAAUUAAAUCAUCCGAUCGAAUGUAUGAAUGACUAACACACCGACACUAGAUAAGACAGUAGUAGCUACAAACUACCAAACUGAUCAGUAACUACUUAUUCCUCUAAUCACAAUAAAUAAAAUCGGCUGGAUAGUGAAACUUCAUUUACCGCCAACCAUAUUUACAAAUACAUCUGCACAUCUUCAAGCAACAAUUAACAAUACAAACACGUUUCGACAAAAGAUGUAAUCGAAACAUGCCCUGCGAAAGAGCCGGAGCAUAAUCGUUGAUUCUUUUCGUAUUAACUUGGUGCCAUCGUAGUCUCGAAAUAUUUAUGAAAGCAACAUACAAAAGAAGUUCGCAACAUGUUGGUAAAGGGACUCAAAUGAGAGCGUAGCUUUUGUUGGUAAAUGGACUCAAAUGAGAGCAUAGCUUUUGUUCAUGUGUCUUCCUGACGAAACUGAGCGAGAAUCUUUUUUGAUAAGUAUUCGAUUAUUAAUUUAAAAUAUAUUCUUCACUUCCUUUAAUACACUGAUAUGCAACAAAGUAGCACCAGAACGUUGACGUUGAACAAGUUAAAUAUGUGUGCUAACACUGUUUUUUAUUAGAUGAAAACGACAACAUAAAACCUGAUCGAAGUAAGCGAGAGAUUUUUACAUUUAUUAUUUAACAAAACCCUUCAGUGGAAUGCAGAGUCCUCGAUUCUCACACAAAAUGUCCUAGCUACAGAGAAAGUGGGACAAGAAUAACACGUAAUCUCAGAAAUUACUACAUAUUAGAUGUGUUUUAACUGUUAGAGUUAACUUAUACAUUGUAUAGUGCGCUAAGAAGAACGAUAAGGGCAAAAGCAGUAAUUUUAUUUUUUUUGUAAGAUGAAAGCAAGUCUAUUUUAUAUAUUAACGUAUUAACAAUAAAACAAUUGCAAAUGAAAUUGCAAAUAAAACAAUAACGUAACUAGCAAAAGAAGAAAAGUAACAUUGAAGAAGAACGAUGCGAAUAGAAAACAAACAAACAAGAAUCCAAUAAUAACUCAUCUUCAAACAAAAACUAGAAAACAAUCUCUUUUUAUUCUUAUCAUGUUGUUAUUAAUGACGCUAUCACAGUCUCUGGAUUAAUACCUUUUUUCUUUAAUACCGAAUGCUACCAUUCAUUCGCCUGGUUCGAUGAAAUAGGAGGAAACUGAUAGCAACUUGUCUCUUGUUCUGUAGUACUAAAACGCCUUAAGACGAACCAUACAUGUCUCAGCAAGUCUGUAUAAUUAACCAACCCCAGGCUUUAUACACAUUCACAUGCGAAUGCGUUGUUUCUAUCUAAAUAAAGAAAUCGAAUAUCAAUAACAAUAUUAACGGCGCAACUAGGAUGCAGUUCAGAGAAGCACCAUGUAUCGAAACUUUCGGAACUUAACCCAUCAUUAACAUUGUAAUCACUCUAUUAAUUUGAAAUAAUAUGAUUGUCUCUUUUUCUAAUAAGUAAUAUUGAUUAUAUCAACACAAAGCACACAUUGUUUCAGCUAUCAGAAUUUAAUAAUAUGUUUUUUUUCUAACCAGACUAUAGCCGAAUAAUGAGCAAUUUGUCAGCUGAGAAACUCAAUAUGUUAUAAUUAAUAUCUGCUAUCUCUUACCAUUAUUAACGUUUCUUAGAGUAAUAAUACAAAUGCACUUCUAGUAAUAAUUCAAUAAAGUUAAUUCCUAAUAAUAAUAACUCUUUUUAUUUACUCACUUCUUCAACUU